CGGAGGCGGCGCCGAGGGCAGGGCCGGCGGGCGGGCGUGGCCCAGGGGGCCUGCGCGGCGGUCGCUGGCGGUCGCCCCCAGCGCGGGCAUGGCGGGUGGGUGGCGGGCGCUGCUGCGCGCUGCCCGGCGCUACCCGUGGCCCACGAACGUGCUGCUCUACGCGGCGCUCUUCUCCGCCGGCGACGCGCUGCAGCAGCGGUUACGGGGCGGUCCGGCCGACUGGCAGCAGACGCGGCGCGUGGCCACCGUGGCCGUGACCUUCCACGCCAACUUCAACUACGUAUGGCUGCGCGUGCUGGAGCGCGCGCUGCCCGGCCGUGCUCCGCGCGCCGUGCUGGCCAAGGUGCUGUGCGAUCAGGCGAUCGGCGGGCCCGUGGCCGUCUCGGCCUUCUAUGCCGGCAUGAGUAUUCUCCAGGAAAAGGAUGACAUAUUUUUGGACCUGAAACAGAAAUUCUGGAAUACGUACAAGAGUGGUCUGCUGUAUUGGCCCUUUGUGCAGCUGACCAACUUCAGCUUGGUUCCCACGCACUGGAGGACAGCUUACACUGGACUUUGUGGUUUUCUGUGGGCUACCUUCCUCUGCUUUUCACAACAGAGCGGUGAUGGCACAUUCAAGUCUGCUUUCACCUUCCUUCAUGUGAAAGAGGCCGGUGCCAUUGAAAGGCCUCCCGAGAAAUGAGAAGCCAAGGACUCCUUGACAGUGACGGGUUUAUUUUAUUUUUUAAUGCAGUGGAUUGCUUGCAGAUAAGAGUCUACUCAUCAGUUAUGCGCUCCAUUUUGGAGAAUUACUAUUGCAUAGACCCACUGAUUAAGUAUCAAUGAAUACUUUAAAUUUUAUUCAAACCUUUUUUCCCCAUGCUAGUCUGAAAGUAUCACUUCUCUACGGUGUUCACGUCUCUAAUACUUUGGUGACUACUGUGCCAUCAUGGCAUUUUGCAAUUAUUAC